AGAGAGGGAGAGAGAGAGAGAGCAGGCUGCAGCUGAAGUGCUGAUGUCAGUAGAAGAUUGCAGUAGAGUAUGGUGCAGUGUGAACAGGAAUGCAUGCCAGGCAGCUCCUUUCCAGGCUUCUCUCGUCACCGUCAGAGUGUACACACAUAUACAAAGUGUGAGGGGUCAGGACGAUGGCUCUCCCUAAGGAACCGCUUCUGUUUCUCAUCUUGCUUGGAUGCACCCUACACACUGUACUGCCUAAAAGAGCCGUGAGAUGCCCAUCGACAUGCAGCUGCACAAAAGAAUCAGUCAUUUGUGUCGGAUCUUCGUCCAUCCCAAAGAGCUUCCCCAGCGACAUCAGCUCCUUAAGCCUGGUCAAUGGGACGUUUUCUGAGAUCAAGGACAGAAUGUUUUCCCAUCUGCCCUCCCUGCAGCUGCUCUUGCUGAAUUCUAACUCAUUUACUGUCAUUCGAGACGAUUCCUUUGCUGGUCUCUUUCACCUCGAAUACCUAUUUAUUGAAGGAAAUAAAGUAGAAACCAUUUCUAAAUAUGCAUUCAGAGGCCUUCGAAACUUAAUCAAUCUCUCUUUAGCCAAUAACCACAUCAAGACUUUGCCAAGAGACGUCUUCGGUGAUUUAGAUUCCCUCAUUGAAUUGGAUUUGAGAGGUAACAUGUUUGAAUGCGACUGCAAAGCAAAAUGGCUGUUUUCCUGGCUGAAGACUACAAAUUCCACGGUUUCUGACGUGGUCUGUGCUGGACCUUCUGAAUAUCAAGGCAAAAAGCUAAAUGAAGUGGCUAGUUUCAAUUCCGAAUGUAUAACAACAGACUUCAUCGACCAUCAGAGCUUGCCGUAUCAGUCCGUUUCAGUGGAUACAUUUCACUAUAAAAAUGAUGUAUUUGUGGCGAUUGCUCAGCCAAGUAUGGAAAACUGCAUGAUUCUAGAAUGGGAUCACAUUGAAAUGAACUUCAGAAUCUAUGACAACAUCACAGGUCAGUCAAUUGUUGGAUGUAAAGCUAUCCUGAUAGAUGACCAAGUGUUUAUGGUGGUGGCCCAACUCUUUGGCGGUUCUCACAUUUACAAGUAUGAUGAAAGCUGGGCCAAAUUCACCAAGUUCCAGGACAUAGAGGUCUCAAGGAUAUCGAAACCAAAUGACAUUGAGCUGUUCCGGAUUGAUAGUGAAACAUUUUUUGUUAUUGCAGACAGCUCAAAAGCUGGUCUGACUACAGUGUACAAAUGGAAUGGGAAGGGCUUCUACUCAUACCAGUCACUUCAUGAAUGGUUUAGAGAUACGGAUGCUGAACUAGUUGAAAUAGACGGAAAGCCCUAUCUUAUCUUAUCCAGUAGAUCUCAAGUACCUCUAAUCCUGCAGUGGAAUAAGAACACAAAGAACUUCAGCCCUCACAGUGACAUUCCAAACAUGGAAGAUGUUCUUGCGGUGAAAAGUUUUAAAAUGAAAGCUGAGCUCUACAUCUCACUGACCAGAUUUAUCGGUGACUCAAAAGUCAUGAAAUGGAAUGGAAAGCAAUUUGUGGAGAUCCAGGCUCUUCCAUCUCGUGGUGCUAUGUCCUUGCAACCAUUUUCCUUUAAGGAUAGGUACUACCUAGCAUUGGGAAGCGAUUACACUUUUUCACAGAUAUACCAAUGGGAUGCAGAGAAGAAGAUCUUUGAAAAAUUUAAAGAAAUCUACAUCCAAGCUCCUCGCUCCUUUACUGCUGUGUCCACUGACCGUAGGGAUUUUGUAUUUGCAUCCAGCUUUAAAGGAAAUACACAAAUACUUGAGCAUGUAAUUGUCGACUUGAGUUUGUGAUCACUCUUCCCCAGCCAUACAUUGUAGUGCUGCCUGGUAUCUUUAUUGUGUAGACCAAGUUGAUCGGAAAUCAGAACUCCGUAAUGAGUUGGUCUAAUUUAAGAGGAGAAAUCUGAAUUUGUAUUUAAGUUAAGUGCUGGUUUUGGUUAAAUGCAUGACGAGGGUAAUUUUAAUAAUUUUUCGAUAAUUUUUUAACCAAUAUAGGAGGCUUGUUUUAAAUAGGUACAGAUAAACCUGAGAUUUUGAAUAAGAUAAAUUAUUUUAGUAUUUUGUAUUUAAAUAUAGGUUCCCUAAGCUAAUGAAAUGAUUCCACUUUACACAGAUAGCUAGGAUCAUCUUUUAACUUAUUCUGCAAUACUAUUUCUAUAAUUCCAGUUUUGUAUAAUUAAAAUAUAUUAUUAAUUCCUCAACCUGGGGUGAUUUUUGAAGCCAUAACCUUAAAUUACGUGUCUUAUAUCCAAAGGCAAAAUUUAUGGUAAACACGGUAAAACAAGAAUGCAAUAUAUCACCACUACCUUAAUGUAGAUUUAACUUAUUAAAUGAUGUUUACUAGUAAGAUUUUAAAUUUAAUUCCAGAAUCUCAUCCAUAGAAUGUUUUAAAUGGUAUUAAUCAUAAAAAAAUCUAUAUUAAAGUCCAAAUACCCCCA